AUGUCGGCAGAAAAUCAUACACCCAGAAACAACGGCAUAAAACCACCAGGUGUAGUUUUAUAUAUUGCCAUACAGUUUUUAAAAAUGCCCUGGCUUCCCACAGUGUCGACUGGGGCGCUCUGUUCAGAUCAUGGCCGCCGCAAGCAGCAACUCCGGAUUGAAGUUCGAAGCUACGACGGCCCAGACCUUGAAAAUACUCCGCCACCCACCCUCGAGGUACUCGUGAACCCUGCUGGAUACGCUUUUGGAGAUUUCACGAAUGUCUCCGGAUGGUCCGACGGAUACGCAUUCAUCCUGAGCUUCCUCAGCCCCCUCUGGGCUAUUGCAGCCUUUGACUCGAUGGUUCGCAUCAGCGAGGAAGCAACACAUGCAGAUAUCGCUAUUCCCUUCGCUAUUAUCCUCUCUACCUCUAUGAAGAGCGUUCUUAUCAGCCCGAUUGGGCAACCGAUGGCCGCGAUUCUGUUCAACGCAAUGGGAAAGAAAGGGACGUUGGUGAUAUGGGCGUUCAUUAUAGUUAUUCAAUUCACACUAGGCACGAGCAUGUUAACAGCAUGCUCGAGGCAGGUGUUUACUUUCUCCGGAGAUGGCGCUCCCCCAUUUUCGCGAUACCUUUACCGCGUCAACAAGUGGGCAUUCGCGCGCGUAACUUGCGUCUGGACGUUGGCGUUCAUGGCCCUGUUGCUAGGGCUCCUGUCAUUUGCUAGCACAGCUGCCAUUGGGGCAGUGUUCUCAUUGGUCGUGGCAGGCCAGUACACCGCUUAUUCAGUGCCAAUAUCAAGGCGCUUCCUCGGCGUCCAGGAGAUCAGGAAAGGGCCAUUUACACUUGGAAGGAUGAGCAAGCCCGUGGCAGCGACGGCUGUGAUCUUCAUGCUUUUCAUCAUGGUCGUGUUCCUCUUUCCAGCCUCCCCUCAUCCCGACACUGGCGGACUGAAUUACACGGUAGUCGUCCUCGUUGUUGAUGUUUCUUUUUAA